AAUUCCACAAAUUCCAAUAGUGUAGUACGCAGAAUAUGUAGUUUUGUUAUUGCUUACAAUUUGCAUAUGUUUUUUUACAUUUGCUGUUUGCUUCUGACUUUCGCGAAAUAAUAGUAGUUAACAAUUAGAUUGUUGCUACUUAUAAAUAUAAAUAUACUAAUUGUUUAUUGCAUUCUUUUGUAAUCUAUGAUAUCGGGGAUGAAUGAAGAUUUGUGUGUUUUAAAUCUAACAAAUGUUUUCAAUGCAAUGAUUCUAAUUCACUUUCAAUGAUAUUAUACUGCAUUAAAUUUUAAGAACUAAAAGUGGUGAAAGUGCAAUCUAAUGCUAUGAUUUUCAACAUAUAAAGUCAUUGAACAUUCACAAGCAAAUAUAUGCUAAAAUGUCAAAACUAAUCGAUACGAAUUAUGAGGACGGUUUGAUGUUAUCUGGAUACCAAAAAAAAUUGAAUACGAUGAAAAAAAAGUUCUUCGUAUUAUAUAGAGACACUGCCCAAGAAGGCGCUCGUUUGGAAUAUUUUGAUAGCAUGAGAAAGUUUAAGUCUGGUACAGCUCCAAAACGUGUGGUAAAAUUAGAGAAUUGCUUUAAUAUAAAUCGGAGAUUAGAUACAAAACACGACUAUGUAAUAGCACUCGCAACGAAAGACGGUGGUUUGGGCAUAGUUUUAGAAACAGAAGCUGAAAUGUUAAAGUGGCUACAAGCGUUGCUUUCUCUUCAACGUAGCAUUACAAAUAAAGCAGAUAUUUUUAUUCCAAAAUUUGAACACGUUUGGCAAGUGGUUGUACAAAAGAAAUGCUUGGCGGAAGAAAGGAAAAUUAUCGGAAACUAUCAUGUGUGUUUAACGCCAAAGUCUGUCACAUUUAUAAGAAUUGGUUCGGGAAAUUCAUCAUCAGGCUCUAUCAGAUCCACGGAUAUACAUAUUCCCCUAAACACUAUUAGAAGAUGCGGAGAAUCACAUUGCCUUUUUUACAUGGAAGUUGGACGGCAAUGUAUAAUAGGACCUGGAGAACUGUGGAUGGAUACAGAAGAUCCUUUAGUAGCUCAGAGUAUGCAUAAAAUGAUAUCAAGUGCAAUGUCUGCUAAAACAGAUGUUAUUGGAGAUAACAUUAGAAAGAGAUCAUCUUCCGUUACAGAAACAUCUAAGCCGAUAAGUUUCAUGGACACAACGAGCCUUCGCGCGGAAAAUAAAAUUUGUAAUAUGAAUCAAACAGCAAACAACAACCUUGGACGAGGUAGAUGUGACAGUUUUCCUACAAGAACUAGAGAGUCAAAUGAUAAUGUAAAUCAAAGUUUUAAAUCAUCACAUAUUCAAAAUGUUCCUUGUGCUGUGACGCACCGUCCUUUAGCACUUUCCCGGCACAGUACCAGUCCACCAAUACCUACUUCAUUUGGUAGCACUGAAAGAAAAGAAACGGUGAAAUCCGAUGAUCAAGAAGAAACUGGAAAUUAUUUGCCAUUUCGAUUCAAGUCUGCAGAGAGAGCCAUCCCAGAAGAAAAUUCAGAAGACUUGGUAAAUUCUGACAGCAUUAACUUUCAAAAAGAUUUGUAUAUCUCCAUGGCUCCAGUGGUAAAACAAUUGGAUUCAGUCGGAAACAAUAAGGCUCAACAGGAUAGGCAAUUUGAUUUAGGGGAUGGAUUUUCGUCUUGUAACAAUUCUCAAAAUUCCAUCAUAACAGCUGAUUUGGCUCCCAAAAUGCAUGGAAUUAUUAUUUCAUCUGGAAAGCUCAGCGAUUUUGAAAAUGAGGAACGCCCUAAACGUUCUUAUUCAAUUGGGAGUAAAAUAGACAAAAACAAAAUCAAACGAUUGGGAAACUCUAACGAGAUUUUACAUGACACGAACGCAGUCCGAGUUCGUGCAUUUUCAGUUGGAUCCCGAGCAAAAAUUCCCAAAUGUGACUUACAGCGAGCUGUGUUAUUUCCCAGGUCCCGAUUUAAUCAAAGUUGCAUUAGCAACAAUAGUUUGAAUUUCGGGACUGAAGAUGCAGGAUAUAAAUUUGAACUAAAUACAAAUUGUGAUAAAAAGUCAACGAGCGCACCUAUAUUGGCACAAAAUGGUCAUGUAUCUGUGGAUUGUAUGAGCGAUUUGAUGGAAAUAGAUUUUUCGAAAAGUUCUAGCCAUAAAACACAUGGAAAAGUAGUACCUGUCAGUGGAAAGUGUUCUGAUGCAUCUUUAAACGAAAUAAGGGGAUAUUUUGCGUCUAAACCUGAUAGCGAGUUGUCACAAACAUUACCGCUUAAACCUACAAAUAAUGAAGAAAGUGGAUACUUGGAAAUGAAGCCUUUGAAUCAUGAAACAUGUUCGACGAAUAAGCCUUCGCUGCCACAAUCUAACGAAUGUGUUGCUGAUAUGACCAAAUCGAGUGACAACACAUCUAUAUCAUGCUUAAAACGAAGUGAAGCUCCAAUUUCCUCCAGAGGGAAAUUUCAAUUUGAGGGAAAACACCGUAUAAAUCACAAAAAUCAUUUAUCUAUUCCAAAUAAAGAUCGCGAACUUGUAUUACAUGAAGAAAAUCAUGUGUAUCGAAAAGAUCACUUGGAAGAUAUAGGGUUUGACAGUACUUCUAAAUCAGAGAAUAUGUCUAACCUUGCGUGCAUAUAUUCCCAACUUUCAGUUCAACCAAUUUCAAAAAAAAUCAAUGAUACUGAUGCCGAAAGUAGUAAUUCAAUGGCUGAUAAUGAGAAGAAUAAAACUAGAAAAAUUAUAUGCCAUGAUGAAUAUAGUGCGAAGUGUAUAUUGUUAGAUAGCAUACAUGGUAAAAGCGAUAGCUCUAAAGCAUCCUCUUCUGACAGAGAGCGAAAAUUGCCAUUGCCAGGAGUAAAUGAGAGAUAUUCAGUUUCAAUAAACGUGCCUUCCUUGCCAUCAACCUCAUUGUCAAACGCCUGCAAACUUCCAUCAGUCUCUCGAUCCAUUGAUGCACCAACAUUAUUAACUAUUACAGAUAGUAGAGAUAGUGAAAAUUUGGUUGGGAACUAUAUUAACGAAAAUAAAACACCUCAAAUUACCACGCCUACAUCUUCAACUGCUUGCUCUAGUUAUGAAUUGUAUUACGCAAAACUAGAUCUGCCACAAUGCAGUACCAAAGAUAACGCGAAAUUCCAAAAAACUGAAAACGUUAGUUCUCCAACAAUAAAUGCAGAAAAUGAUUCAUAUGCAAAAAUAGAUUUUGAUCAUUCUUCCGAUUCAUCAUCUUCUUCUAAAACUUUAAAUAAUUGAAGCAACGAAAAAUAUAUUUUGCUUAAUAUUUAAAUGUAAAUAAAUUACUCUCAAUUA